UCUUCGGUCUUACUCAUCCCUCUCUGAAACACACACACACACAGUUUUCCAUUGCCAGGUGCAGCUCCAAGAUUAGAAACACAAGAAAGAAAGAACCCUCUCUUUUUUAUUUUUUUUCUUCUAAUCAUUUCAUUCUUCACGAGGCCAAAAAAUUAAUAUAAUAAUAAUAAAAAUAAAGCGAUAAAAAAAGCUCAGUGUCUCUCUCUCUCUCUCUCUCUUACACCCAUCAUCAUCGAUAAUCGAAGCCCCUUUUGCUUUUCCUUCAAAUUUUCACCUCUGGUUUCAGCUCAAGAAAAAUGCUUUAGAAUAUAGAAAAUUCAAAAGGGUAUCCGAAAAAUGCCUUUUUUUCAUCUGCAACAUUCCUUUUGAGCUCGUCAACAAUGGCAGAUGAUCUCUCUUCCUUCGCCAAGGAUGUUUUGCUUGUGAAGGGUCUGAAGAAUUCUACCUUGGUGUGGAGGUUGGUCGUUUUGACCUUUGCAAUGGUCUGUGGUGUGUAUAUAUGUACCAUUUGUCUAAAGCAGAUAGGCACUAGCAGCAAGAUUGGUCUUUUAGAUAUCAAGGUCAUCCAAAAUCCAUGCCCUGAACCCAACAUUGAACCUUGGGAGAUUCCUUAUGUGCAUUAUCCAAAUCCUAAAACUUACAGCAGGGAGGAGUGCUCUUGCCACCCUGUGCGCUAUUUCGCUAUUCUGUCAAUGCAAAGAUCUGGGAGCGGAUGGUUUGAGACGUUUUUAAAUAGUCAUCCUAACAUAAGCUCAAAUGGGGAAAUCUUUUCGGUUAAGGUGAGGAGGAGUAAUGUGUCGACAAUAACGGAGACUCUGGAUACAAUUUAUAAUCUAGACUGGUUGAGUAGUGCUUCAAAAAAUGAGUGCACUACUGCAGUUGGCUUGAAGUGGAUGCUUAAUCAGGGAUUGAUGCAGCAUCAUGAACAAAUUGCCGAGUACUUCAGAAUACAUGGUGUUUCAGUCAUAUUUCUUUUCAGGAGGAAUCUUUUGCGCCGGAUGGUUUCUCUACUUGCAAAUGAAUAUGACCGGAAUGCUAAGCUAUUAAAUGGGACUCACAAAUCUCAUGUUCACUCACCCAAGGAGGCAGAAAUACUUGCGAAAUACAAGCCCACGGUCAAUUCAACAUUGCUGAUCGCAAACCUGAGGAAAGUGAACGAAACCACGACUAAGGCUUUGGAAUAUUUCAAGAGCACCCGGCACAUUAUCGUAUACUACGAAGAAGUUGUCAAGAACCAUACUAAAUUAACAGACGUUCAGGAUUUUCUGAAGGUUCCUCGCACGGACCUAAAGAGUAGGCAGGUAAAGAUACACAAAGGAUCCUUAUCCAGCCAAGUUGAAAAUUGGAAUGAUGUGAGCAAGGUACUCACUGGGACGCCAUAUGAGAGUUUCCUUCAUGAAGAUUACCGUAGGUAAAAUAAACCGAUGGGUAUGUACAUACCACAUUUGCCUUUUCUUUUCUGAUACCUUCCCAUAAUCUUCGAGGUAGGACUUUCUGCACCCGUAUUUUCUCUGACCGCACCUUCCUACAUGCUCCCGGAAAUUGAUUUCCCAAAGCCAAUCAUUUUUGGAAAUUAAUUUUGGAAAGCUAUCUUUGAUGGUGUAUGGAGAAAAACUCUCCCCUAAUCUUUUGUUCAGAAGUUGCUGCAAGAGCCAACAGGAUAGCCACCCUGUUGAAAUUUUGGCCAGAGCUCCCUCUUUUGUUUUGUUUUUUUUGUUUUAACUCAGUUUUGGGUUGUUAAUUUGUUUGCCUAUUCAAUUAAUAUUUAAUUCAUUCUUUGUACCUUUGCCAAUUCUCUACACUGUGGAACGAACUCUUGUAUUGAAGACAUCAAAAGAAUUUGCUAAUUUAAUUUUUCAGAUCAAGUUUUUUCCCC